UGCUUUAUUCUCACCAACAAAUUAAGUGAAAAACAAAGCACAACCAAAAGAAAGAAUCAUCCAAACACAUCUUAUUUUCUUUCCAAAUUUUCCCGGAAAAUCAAUAUGUCUAGCAUGCAGGAAACCCAAGCUAAGGCUCAGGCUAAGGCCGAAGAGAUGUCACAAUGCGCUAAGGACUCAGCCAGCGAAGUCAAGGAAAGGACUGCUGAUGCUGCUCAUUCAGCAACUGACUCAGCAAACGAAGCCAAGGAUAAGACCACUGAUGCUGCUCAUUCAGCAACUGACUCAGCAACUGAUUCUAUCCAACAUGGAAAGGAUCAAAGCGCCGGAUUCCUCCAACAGACUGGAGAGCAAAUGAUGAGCAUGACUCAGGGUGCUAUGGAAACUGUGAAGAGCACACUUGGAGUGAGUGACAAGAAGUGAAAAAUAAUGCCUAAAGCAUCUACUACUACUACAACUUCAUGAGAUAAUUCAUUAUUGAGCUAUUAUUACUCAAUAAUAUUACUAUUAUUAUAUUAUUAAUUGGUUAAUCUUUUUUUUUCCUUUUUGUAAUAAAUGUCUUGAGUUACUCUUUUUGAGAAAUUAUGUAAUAAAAUUUCCAGCUAGUAAUUCAAAAAAAUAAAAAAUAAAAAAGUGAUUUUGUUUGAUGAACAAA